AUGAACCCUCUGUACAUACUUAUUUCGUCAAUCUUUGUCGCAUUUUCUACCGCUAAAUCAUGUAGUCAGCUGCUUGUCGGACAGUAAGCCCAUCAAAUUUAGGAUUUAUAUUAUUUUAGGUAUCUAUGCGACGAACCGGAGCUGGAUUACACCACUUAUCAAUUAAAACACUGCCAUUCUGAUGGGUCUGUAACUGGUAAGCUUUCAUCUUUUUUUCUGAUUUUGAUUUUUAGUAAAUUGCACGAUCCGAAGGGGUUUACAUUGUGAUGAACUAAAUUACAAGACACACACCUUUACUAGGACAAUAUUGAAUGCAUGCCAUGGGAAUAACGCGCCUCACCAUGGCACUACGAUGUUGUUGUCAGUAUUUGGCGGUUGGCUUGGAUUGGAUAGGUUUUAUCUGGGGUAUUACAGCAUAGGUAAGUUGGUCAUGGAUAACAUAAAGAAAUGUGGCUGGAAGGCUGGAAAUUGGUUUAAUGCAGCUGCAAGGGUUGUAGAGUGCUCUACUAGAAGUGACAACAAAUUUUUUGGGAUAUAAAUUUAUUAUAGCGGAUUUAUGGCCCAUGGAUAACAUAAAUUAUCGUUCGCUGGGGCUCAGAAUGAAUUGGAAAUUUGUUGAAAGGGAGCUUAGCGAAAUUCUAAAGUUACUAAAAAGCUUUUGCUUGACUGAUUCAGUUCCCUUAAAAAUUAAAAAAAAUUUUUUGAUGGAUAAUAUAAAGAACACAAAAAAUUGGUUGCAGGUGCGCUCAAACUGGUCUCACUUGGUUUCUACGGGGUCUUCCACUUACUUGACAUUAUUUUGGUUGCUUUGGAGUUGGUCCGGCCCGCCGAUGGAUCCGACUAUCGGCCAAUCGGCUUCUCUCCAAUGACCUUAGGCGGUUCAAGUUCAAAUUACAGCCAGUUGAUACUCUACAACUGUGUUGGUUGCUUUAAUUGA